UAGGAGAAUAUGAUACAAAUACAAUUUUUACUUUAUCAUGAAACAUGAUUUUUUUUUACUUUUAAUCCAUCCAUUGCUAACUUAAAGAGGGCUUUGAUUUUUAAGUGGGCCCCAUGUAAUCUGUGGAUUGACCCAGUAUUAAAAUUUAUAUCAUGGCUUGCUAACACAAGGAAUGCAAUGUUAUUUAGAAAAAAAUGAUUAAUUGCACUCAAGAGGAAAAUCUGUUCCAGGUUGGUUUCCAAGCUUCAGAAUUUAGGCUGCUGCUUUUGUGUAUAACAGAAAAAAAUGAAGAUCAACCAGUUUUUUAGUUUCUUGAUGUUAUGUAUAUAAUAUAGCACUUGUCACAUCUGGUGGUGACUAAUUCAUCAGGGCUGCAAAAAAUUAUUUUGUCAUCCUCUGAUUGCAUAAUUUUUUUUAGCCCACAUCUGGUAGCCUUACAUUCUUUCAGACUAAAUCUAAACCACUUUUUAUAUUUACAUUUUGACUGAUUUUUAGAUUUUUUAGUUUUAUUCUAUUUUCAUAGCACCUUGCUGAUGAAAUCCUGGGAAGUUAAAAGCUCGUGCUUAUGAGUUUGGCUGGCCUUGAUAAUAUUUACUCAGCUAUGGAUUAUAAACCAAAGUGCAAGGGGUGCCGUGGGAGAUAUUCUUCCCCGUGAUUCCGCCCACAUCUUGGUUUUUAUGUAUUUACCUUUAAUCAUUGGAAACAUGGAAAUACAGACCUAGUAUUUUUCAAGUUGCCUAAACAGAAAUGUAUUUUAAGUAGCCUCUUAAGCAGGCAUGCAAAUCUAAGUACAAAGAUUAUUAUUACGCAAGAAAAUAAAACAAGUUCCAAUUAGGCAGCUUUCAAAUGAAUGCUUGCACAGUUGUCUCUCAUUCCUUCCUAUAUCACCGUUUGCAUCAUGGUUGAGUCCGUCAGUUCGUAUUUGUUACGGCGCUGGCAGAGGCAGUAUUUGGCCACGCCCCUCGUUUGGAGCACACCUCCUCCCCGCCGGUCACGAGCGAAUAAAAGAAAGAAAGCGGCGAGUUCGGAAAGCGAGUCAGGAGAAGGGUUGGCUACAGUCGAGUGAGGCAUCGCAGACUGGAGCGAUAGGCCCUAACAAUAGAACUUGGAUUGCAGCAAUUGCGAAGAAAUUGGUCUUGCGCAGUGGAGUUAUUGUCGAUCCUGUUAUUAUUUUUGUUGAAUAUCUCCUAAGGAUGUUUGCAAAAGCAACCAAGACUUUUGUGAAGGAGGUUGACUGUGGAGGAGACUUAAUCUCUGUGUCAUCCCUGAAUAACUUAGAUAAAUUACAGUUCCUGAACUUAGUCACAAAGAAAAAGAAAACUUGGUGCUGGCAAAAUCCAAAGUACCAUCUCUCAUCAGUUUCAUUGAAUGAUGUGCUUGCUGAAGAUAUGCAUGAACCUAUAAAGCCAGUUAUUGCAGAGUCUGACUUUGUGAAGUAUGAAGGCAAGUUUGAAGACUGUAUCAGAGGAAGCAUAGAAACUUCAUUAGGAAGAAUUAAUUUAGGAACUGGAGGAAGCGAUGUUGUGGAAAGUCUGUCCUCUUUUGGAAAUCUUAAAAAGCAAGAUGUUGACUUGCACAAGCUUAUGAAAGAUGUGAAGGGAAGAUCAAUAAAUCUACAGACUCCAUUGUUGGAACAAAUGGUUGAAAAAAAGAAUGAUGUUCUUUGUAUCCUUACAGAAAAAAUAUUGACAACUCAGAAAUGUUUAGUAUCAGAACAUAUUCAAAAACAGGAAAAACUUGCUGGAAUGGUGGGAAUAAGUACAAAAAUUAUAAAGGUAUCAGUGAGUGAAAAUGGGAAUAUGAUCAAGAACUCUAAUGUGGUAUUAGAGAUCCCUGCUCCAACUACAAUUGCUUAUGCUGUAAUAGAAUUGUAUAUAAAGCGCAAUGGUCAAUUUGAAUUAUGCCUCCUUCAUGACCAACAAGGUGGUUUUGAAAGGGGGACUAUGGAGGAACCAUCUUACCAUUCUUUGGCCUUCAAAGAUGCUUGCUGCCCUCAUCUUUUUGAUGUUGUGGAUAAUGAGAAACUGUCUGGACCUGAAAGCCCUAUUCCAGGUGGUGUUUCACUUAACAUUCUAAGCAAAGAUAUCCUCCAAUUAAAGACCCAGUUCCAACCUUUUAUGAAUCUAUCAGAAGAAAAGCAGAGAGCUUUAUACCAAAUGGUUUGUGACUUUUUGCUUCAUGAAGAAACAGUGAUGCAACUAGAAAAUGUGCAAGUAGCAUCACCUACCCAACCUUGGAUGGUCUCAGAACAAGUUAAACAGAGUUGCUUAAUAUUGCUUAACAUUUGGAUAGAAAUUCUCAAUAAUUUCCAAGGCUUCAAGCUGGACAGUAUAUAUUCUGAAGGGAGUCCAGGCAUCAUAGCAAUGGAGGAAUUAAAGUCACCAGAGAAACCAUGUUUAGAAGAAUUUCUGCAGCUUGUGGGUGUACAAUUACAGAGCAAACAACAGAUUCACAAUAAGGAGCUUUUCCUAGCUGCUCAUUUCCUCCUCAGUGCAUUGGCAGAACUGUCAAGUUAUUCCCUAGUGCUGCUGCUAGCCUGCUGUGACCUCCAGCUUGUCCGUAUACUGUAUUGCUUGCCUAAUAUGAUCUCAGAAGAUGGUACAUUGACACUUGGGGAUCCCAUACUGGCUCCACUUGCUGACCCAAGAAGGUUUCGGAUAGCACAGAAGCUAUUUGCUUUAUCAAACAUUAACCUUGAAAUGAUAGACUCUUCCAUCAAAGCUGCAACCAUGAAAAAAUCCCAUUUUUCCCCAAUUGUUUUAUAUAUAGCAUUGAAUGGCCUCUAUGCAUUAGGCUAUGAAAAAGACAUAUGAUGAAGCUGUUAGAAUAGUUUAAUACUACAACUGUCUCUGUUUAAUGCCUCUUAGUGAUGAACCCACUAGAUUUGUGUCCAUGCAAUUGAAAUAUGUGCCAAUGGGCUGUGUUAUUGGAGCAAGGUGAAUGCCUAAAUUAUAUGAAUGAAAAGAUCCAGAUAUAAAAAAAGCCAUGCAAGGAUUUUUGGUGAGAUGUUUAACAUUCCUGUAUUACUUUAAAGUUUAGAAAGAUUACAUGUCCUUACUUUUAGGCCAUUUAUUCAACAACCAUUCAAAGAUAUAACAGUGCUGAAAAAAGUAAUUUUAUGGCUCAUUUACGGCCAUUCACUACCUUCACAGCAUUCCUCAGCCAUAUGAAUUUCAUUAGUCAGUAUGUACUGUCUUUUUUCCCCUUUCACAGCCCCCCUCCCCCAUAGAGAUUGGGGAGAAAGAUUUCAACAAAGCAAGCCUUUUGCUGUUCUACAUAUCAAAAGCAAGCAUUGUGAUAGCACUGGCAGCAGGGAAGAAUCAGGCAAAGAAGAAAUUGCCUGCAGAAAUUACAUUUUUUCUUCCCCCCACUUCCAUCUGAAUGGAAGGAUUGGAGAGAAAGGGAUUUCAAGAGAAUGGCUCUAAUCCUAGAUUGUAACACAGUUGCAUUGCUUUUGAUGCAUACAAGACAGCAAGGUCCACUUAGCAACCACUUCAUUUAGCACUGGAGUUUUCAGUCUCAAUUCGAGCUGUUAAGGGGUUACUUAUAUUAGUUAUUGUGCUUUAAUAUUAAUCUUGUUUUCUUUAUAAGCUAGAGGAUAUUCUAAUUGAACGUCAUUAUGUGGCAACAGAGUUUUCAGAGCAAAGACCAUCAUGAAACAGAAAGAUAGUUGAAAGGGCCAUUUAAGCAAUCAAAGUUAAAAAUCUAAGCAGCACAGGAAUAAAUUUAAAGCAUGAUCUGAAAUGUUGGGCUUGACUUUGGAGCCAUUAUUUAGAUUUGAGCCAAAGAUCACAAAGGAUAUGGCAAGUUUCCAAAUGUUUUUUUUUUUAUGGCAUGGGAGGGAAGCUGGGAACAUCAGCAUACAUUUUAGCGGCCAUAUUUUUAAUCUCUCUUCUUAGAAAGGCAUUUUUUAAAAUUCUAUUUGAUUAAUGUGAAGUGUACCAAAACUGCAGACCCCAGAGCUGUCCGUUUGGAUGGGGGCGGGGGAAAGAUAUGUUAAGUAAAAUGUAGUCUUAAGUUUUUUAGGUAUUCACAAUGGUAUAUAAAACUCAUUCAGUUUCAUCCAAUCUGUUCAAUGUUAGCAAAGCUAUAUGGCUUCAAACCAAUGGAAAUUAUAGAUUUUUGGAUAUUAUAUCCAUAGCACUUAUUAAAUGCUAUUAUAAGGUAUUCUUGGAAUGAUAGUUUUUCAUUGUUUUAAUUAUGCAUAUGCAGUGCAAAAAUAUGACUUGUUAUUUUUUCAUAUUGGUAAAGUUUUUUUAAUCAUUCAGUAUAAAAUUGUAACAUCUAUUGCAAGGCCUACUCUAUUUCCUCUUUCCAGCUUCCUUUUCCGAUGCCAGCUCUGUGCAUGAGAAUGUAUUUCAUAAGAGAUGACACUAAAUUUUCAAAUCUUAAAUUUUAUUUCAUAUAUACAAAAAUAACUUUCUUAGGCGUUUUCAGGAUUUCACAGUUUUAUACAUUUCAACAAUGGUAUGCAACUUAAAUGGGGAAACAUUAGGGAAAUUUCUUUAAAAAACAUUGUUUAUCUGAAUAGCACACAUUUGUCCUAUGAAAUUUCCCCACUUUUCUUAUGAUCCUUUUUCAGAAUUUUCUAAUCUGAUCUAUGUGGCAAUUUUCUUCUGAUUUACAGCAUGGAAAGACAUUAAAAUUUGCUAUUAGUCAAGCCCCAUUUAAAUCUUCUAUUGUCCUAUGUGUGUCAAUAUUAGUACACAUGUUUGAAAAAAGUUAUCAACUGUUUUAAUAGAAAUGUUAAAAGUCGAAGCAAUAAAAAUUAUACUGCAUAAGCCUAA